AAGCUCACCAAUGUCACAUGUUUGUUUUUUCACAUUUUCUGUUUGUUUUUUUUCCCCAAGAGGCAAUGCUGCAUCUUUUCACUGGACUCACCACUUUUCUUCCCACCAGUGAGCUAAAACCAAUGGGGCUGUGUGUAAUGAUUAUUUUCAUUCACGAUUAAUCAAUCCAGAGGACCUAAAUCACAUAUUUGAAUUGAUACUUUGGUCCAACCAACAGUCCCAAACCCAAAGACUCGAAAUUGAAUUAUUAAAUUAAGAAAAACGGCUAAUGUUUGAGAUUUUUUGCCUGGGGAAAAUCAAUCAAAAGUAAUUUUCCUUUUGAUCGACUAAUCGUUGCAGCUCUAAUAUCAAAGGAUUGCGUGAAUCUCCUCAAAGCAAAGAAUUAAAAACGUGUCAUCCAACAUGACGUUGGCGUUUCUAAUUUAAGCAGUCGAAACAUCUCCUGGCCUCCCCUGGUGUCUAACUGUCUCACACUCCACCACCCAACUGGAACAGCGGCUCCAGCGCCUCAAUGCCAAUGCUCAUAACCAUGGUGAACGCUCGUCUGCCAUGACAACAGUGUUUCUUCUUCACACCUGCUGGUUGAGGUCAUCACCUUCAAACCUGGUAAACUGUUGCUGCAGGUAGAGUCCAGGCUGUUGACCUGCGUCCUGCGCAGAUCAGAUCGGUCACCAUGAAGGUUGUUGCCAGUCUCAUCUUGCUGCUGGUCAAUGUGCGCUUGAGUCGUUGUUGUUACGGAGAAGGGCAGAUUUUGUUCUGCUUGAACAUUCCCUCAGUUUUCCCGCCUGGUUUUUCAUCGUUGGUCCUCAUCCUGAAGGAUGUCGGGGAGAUGAACUCCACUGUGUUACACAGCGACGACCUCUCCUCUGUAACCAGGCUCCGGCUCGAGAAUGCUGGGGUCACAGCGGUCGCUCAAGGGGCCUUCGUCUCUCUGCAGAAGCUCACAAAUCUCAGUUUAAACCAGAACCUGCUGACGGAUAUGAACCCGAACUGGUUUGGACGACCUGAUAUCCUGAGCGAGCUCAUCCUUGCAGAAAACCAGAUCGAAGUCCUGAGCGAGUUCAUGCUCAGUGGGCUCACCGGCCUCACGAGUCUCAGCCUGAGGAAGAACAGGAUCACAACUAUUGAUCCGAAUAGUUUCAGCUCCCAGACCAACUUGGCUGAGCUGGACUUGUCUGAGAACAGGAUGACUCGGGUGUCCCCUCAGGUCUUUAAGUCUCUGAGGUCCACCCGGAUCAGACUAGACGGGAACCCCUGGGACUGUUCGUGUGGAGCUGAAGAAUUUGUCGACUUCCUGAAAGAUCUACAGAGCAGAAACCUGCUGGAUAGAGCGGUGGAGGUGACCUGUAAGAGUCCUCCAUCGCUGACGGGUCGACCUGUGUGGAACGUGUCGGUGUGCGCGACGCCGCCUCCACCAGGGCCGUCGUCGGUGACACAAACCAACCAACCAAAACCCACUGACACCCGCCCACCAUCCUCUGUUAUAACAACACCUUCAGCUCGGCCUUCAUCAGUCCAACCCAAACCCUCUGAUAUCCUCGCAACAGUCCCACCGUCCACCGAAACGACAUCGAGGCCGACGUCCGACACAAAUAUUUGCACGCUGGUUGUUGUGAUCGUGCUUUUGUCCUUGCUCCUGCUGGUCGUGUGCUUCCUGGCAGUGCUGCAUGGGAGGAAGCGCCACAACAAAGCUGUGAUGCCUGGAUGUCCAAAAGAAAACAGAAACAAGUCCGAAGUAGAAGAAGUCAGCAGCAGAUCGAGUCCUGAUCGGCCUCCAGGAGACUCUGGGGAAAGGGGGAACAAUCACUGGGACUCAGAGAUGGGACGGAGAAGAUCCUGUACUGAUGUCAGAGCGAAGUCAGCUAACGCUGUUCUCUUUACGUCUCCUUUUUGUGCACCUGUUAAAGAUCAAGUAAGUUUACAAACUGAGACAGAGGCUCGAUCGAAAAAUUUAGAAAAUGGAGCUGAAGGAAAGCAGAAACCAGGGAGUGAAAGUGACAUAGAAGGAGGAUUUGAGACUGAAAAAGCAACAACAAAUCUAGAUAAAGACCUCCACUGUGUUUCUGUCAACACUGACACCGUGCCUUAUCUCAGCAUCGGCACAAACCAGAAUCAUCCUGAUGAUUUGAACAGACAGUCCACUGAUGAUCCGGGUCAAAGGUUAAAGACGAGCAGGGCUUUGGGAAGGAUCUCCACCUGGCCCCCGACGGCAGUUCAGUGGCAGGCCAGAUGUAAAAUCAAGGAGAACGAAGAGACGGAGGCGUCUCAUGUCCACACCGCCUGGACACCGAAGUUUACAGGAGAGUUAAACAAAGUGGAGAUUCCCUCUGGCGAGGAUGAAAUCCGGAGGAAUGACAUCGAGGAUUCCCUAAAGAGAGAUCAGAUGAAAGUGGGAUUCUCUCGUUCUCCAGAAACAAAUGUCGAGACUGCCUCUGUCUGCGAGCCUCGUUCCCAGACUGACAUGGAGCAGCUGAAGAAGGAAGAGAUGAUCCAGGACGCUGCAACUGUGACACACACAGUCAGCGAAACCCCAAAUCAAAUCCCGACACCUGCGGCGACGAGGGGCAACAAGACAGACCCAAAGCGAGCUGUGACGAGCAGACAAAAGGCAGAAGGCAGAAGCACCGGCUCGAAGGCUCCCUCUGGUGGAGCCUCUCCGGAUGAUGAAACGCUGCUGUCAGGCAACCAGCACGCCUUCAUGGACCUGCUGCACGAGGUGGUGCAGAACAACGGCCGCUGGACCAGAGAGAGGUGGAGGCAGACGCACGCCAACAAGCAGCAGCAUUAGGGCGGCGAAGGUGCUUAGAGACGAGACUCACUUAAAGUUUAAAGUUAUGUACACAAAAUUUGAGAUUGUAGUUAAAUCUAUCAAGAUGAAGUCAAAUUUGGGGAUAUCCUGAAUUCGUUAUCAUGUUAAAUGAUUAAACGUUGCUGUAAAGAUGCAACUUGAAACUACUUUUUUUUUUAUUUGAAUGUAUUAGAGCUUUAGAGUUGCUCAAAGGUGGGAUUAUCAGGCUAGCUGUUUCCCCGAAUUUUCUAAGAUUUAUGCUAAGCUAACUGUGUCUUCAUAUUUACCAUAUACUACUGAUUCAUCUAGCAAGGGCUGCAACUAGUGAUUAGUUUCAUUACUGAUUAAUCCUCUGAUAAUCUUGUCAGAUUAAUCAAUUUGGUUGAGAAAAUGUCAAUAAAAUAUCAAAAAAUAUCAGACCAUAUUACUUAAUAGUUUUAUAGUAUAGUUUAUUAUACAGAGAAAAGCAGGAAGUCUCCACAUUUUGAAGCUGAAAACUGAAAUUUCUGCCAUUUUGUGUGUGUGUGUAGGACUUAUUGGCAUCUGGCAGUAAAGGUGCAGAUUGCGACCAACUGAAUGCCCCUCGUCUCAUCACAAAAAAUGCCUCUCUACAACCAGCAUUUGGUUGGUCUAUUCUGAGCUACUGUAGUUUAGCUACUUACACACUAAUAAAAACCCCAACAUUAAUAUUAAUUUUCAUUUCUGCCCCAAAAUCCCCUGAAUGCCUCACACUGCACUUUCAGAAGAUAUAUAUUUCACCUGCCACUGCUGUUUAAAUGUAAUCUUUAUGACACUGUUACUGAGAAAAUGAAUACUUAAUUCUAAGACAACAAAAGAAGCACAACUAAAUAAAAAAAAAGUAAUGAAAUAGUUAAACUGCACGUGCCUACUUGUGACUUGUCAAAAGCCUUUGCGAUGAAAUAAAAGUCUCCACACAGGUUUUUCUCUGGCUGCAUGCAGCAUUUAUUUGUCCAUAUUUUAUACGUCGAGAAGUACACACACUUCUCAUAAGAAAUAGUACAAAAUGGAAACAACCCCUUUUUGACAAUGACUGAAAAACAUAAAGUGGAGGUAAACAUAAUACGUAGGCUUUUGAUAACACCUAGACAACAUGCAUGUUCCAUUCAUAUAAAUACACAGUAUCAAAUAAUGGCUCCAACUUGCAAGCAGUUGACUUAAUAAUGUGUUUCUCUAGCCAUGGGACAUCGAACUAAAUGUCCUGCUAAAUGUACAAAAUUAUCGUUUUCUUGGCAAGCUUGUAUAUCAAAACAUGCUUUUUAAGUGUUAACAUGCCCCUUGUGGUACUGUAAGUAUGGACAGUAGGAGAUCUGAGGUGAACUCGAGGUGGAGUGUGAUUUAUCGGACGUGAGGACCAAAGACGACGUUACAUGAACGGAUCUCGACACCAAUCAAAUUCUCCAUCGUUGUCGCUCACGCUUUCACUCCUCAGGCUCUCCUGCCCUGUAAAGUUUUGAGGGACCUCUGAGCAAACAUCAACAGUACUUCUCAAUGGGACUCUUCGCAAAAUAUAAGCACACGGUUUUCUCCCAAAAAACAAGCAAAAGAUCUCAGACGGACAAAACUCCACCUGAGAUCAUCCUCAUCACUUCGUAUUUCUUUAACAGAUAAUAAUAAUGAUGAUGAUAAUAAUAAUAACAAUGGCACCCAUCAUUUAAGCUUCCCAGGUAAAUAAAAACAAAAUGCACGACAUGUUACUGCACAUCUGACUGCUGUCGCUUCACAGAAAUGAUUGAAUACUGCCCGUCCGUGUUGUACAGAUUCAGAUUAAAGGGUCAUGCUGUUAUGCUCUCGACAUCCCCGCAGAGCUUAGUGCAAAAAUAGUUCAAGUCCUCUUUCACUCGCACCACACAGAAGAAACAAAAUACAAGAGCCGCGUUUCCACUAAAAUGUACCUGAAGCUUUCUUUUACUGCUAGGAGCUAAAAGGUUCCUUCUGCCUGUUUUCUGUUUUCCCCGCAGUAAAGACCUGGUGGAUUAAAGACUUUUUUUCCCAUACAUUGCAAGCUUUCCUCUUUGAUUCUGUGUUGACAUGGUGAAGCACAAUCAACAAGAAACAAACUGUUUUUUGGCUGCAGUUUAAAAAAAAAGAGGAAAAAAAAAAAUUAGAAAUGCUGCAAGUACUCGACCAAUCACAAAUGUUGAAUGCUUCAAGCCCCACCCCCAAAGUUCCUGUGCUACUGGAAAGUACCACUCCACCCCCCCAAACUCUCUUCGUACAAUAAUGUCCCCGGGGACCUAAACAGACCCUGAUCCCUGUCAUGUAAACGCACUGACUCCCUCCAAAAUAGUCCCUUGUUCCUGUGGUGGAAAUGCUGCUAAUGAAUAUAUAAAGUUCUUAUUUACAGUGAUUGAACAAAAACAUCCCGAGGAAUGAUAAACAGAGUGUAAAUACUGCACACUGACAGUGGCGUAUACACAAGGUAUGGCCUGUACACAUUUGGAGAGGAGAGCACCUCAUGUUCAGCUCAACUGAGUCCCAAAUUUCAAAUACUGAUUUGAGUCUUACCAGUUUGAUCACUGUAAGUCAAAAAGGUUCAGACUAUAAUACUUUAAAGUAAUAGUUUUGUCCAUUUGGAAAACACGUUAACUCUGUCAAUUAUGCAGCCACAGGUUAGCUUAGCUUAGCAUGAACACUACCCGUACCUCUUCAGCUUAUCAAGUAACACCAUCUAAUUCACUCAUACACCGCACAAGUGCCCCCAGUAGCUUUGCCUUUAUGCUAAGCUAAGCCAAUCCUCUGCUUGGCUCUGGGUUCAUACUAUAUCUGUCCUAUGGUGAAUCAGUGUAUUUCCCCAAAUUUUAAAAACUAUUUCUUUAGCUCCUUAAAGAGCUGCAAUAAAGUACUGAGUGAGACGUUUGGCAUUGAAAGAAAAACACCACAGCGAUAAAUAAAAACUUGAAACAACACAAAACAAGAUUAUGUUUAAGUUUAGCUUAGAAACUGAGGAUUGAUAUGAAUGUAGCCUAUAAGGCUGGAGAAAAAACUGCUAACUUGUACUCAAUUAUAACAGACAUUAAUUGUAGUAUGCACUUUAAAUCUUUUGUUUUUUUGUUUUUUUUUUUAGAAAUAGCCACCACGACU